GGUGCCCGAGAGCUGGGCGGAGAUGCGGGAGCCCCUCCUGGAGGGCAUGAGCUUCGCCCUCAAGUACUUGGGCAUGACGCUGGUGGAGAAGCCCAAGGGGGAGGAGAUGGCCGCCGCCGCCAUCCACCGCAUCCUCGCCACGGCCCGGGUGGGGAACAAGAAGUUCCAGAAGGUGAUCCUGACCGUCUCGCCGCGCGGCCUCUCCCUGCAAGACGCCGAGACCCAGGACACCAUUGCCUGCAUCUCCAUCUACCGGAUCUCCUAUUGUACCACGGACAAGCUUCAGAACAAAGUCUUUGCCUACGUGGCGCAGAACCCCCAGAGCGGAGCCCUGGAGUGCCACGCAUUUCUGUCCCCCAAGAAGAAGGUUGCUCAGGCAGUGACGCUCACAGUGGCUCAGGCCUUCCACGUGGCCCUUGAUCUCUGGGAUGUAAAAUGCUCCUUUGUAAAUGGAGGAGAGUAUAUGAGCAUUGGAGGGAUUCCUGUCUCUUUGUACCAUGUGUGCCGAAGGAGGGCGGGCAGACCCUCCUCUCUGCGCCUUGCCAGUCUGGAAGGGGAGAGCGGUGCCGCCGAAGGGCAGAUGGCCCUUCCUUUCCAGAGAGAGGUGGUGGCGGGGGCGGGGGGGGUGAGAAACGAGACACACACUUGGCCUCUUAGAGGCAGGGAAAUUCUCCCCAGUGAGUAA